GCAUCAUAGUUGGCUGUGUCAACAGUCUUUUUUUUUAACACAGUUUUCGUUUUGUGGAAUUUUACUCUGGUUUACUCUUCGGUAAAUUACAAAGAUGAAGGAGUUACGCUGGCGUGCCAAGGAUUUUUCGGAGUUCACUUUCCAUUUGCCAUCGGAGCGAGUAGCCACUAUGCGAGCCAAUAAGCUGGCCAACGAAUUGUUGCGUCACAGUCACCUGAGUAGAAAAUAUUUACCAAAAAGUCGGCUGCCACGCUACAAUGAGUUCAGGCAGCUGGUGCAAGCGGUGCAUGGAAACAGCAGCAAGGCCAGUGAAGUGCUUUCGUUGCGCGUCUUUCACAGCCUUAAAGAACUGUGUAGCGAACAGAUCAAGCGACAAAAUGUGAAGCACGCCAGAUUGACGACGAUUCAGUCGCGUCUGUCACCGGAAAUACACAGAACAGCGGUGCAUGUGAGAAACAAAUACAAUGAUCUAAUCGAUAUGCAGGAUAUAUAUCGCAAGAAUCUGUUGCUCUUGAAUCGCAUCAAUGCGAUUAAGCGCAUUAAAGGCACCAUCGAUUGUUUCAAUCGCACUCCAAUAAUAGCGACCCAAAAGCGUCGAAGUCUCGAUUUGAAAGCGGAAGCUUUAAAGCGAGAGAAUAAGCUUAUAGGCUGUCGAUUGCUGACGGCUACAUCCAAAGUGGAUUCACGCAACUCCCGCUUCCAUUGGACAGAACACGAUCGGCCGGAGAGCAAUGCAUCCGUCGAUGUGCUGGAGAAGUAUAGCUCUUAUAUGCCGCUGCCUCAGCCCAAUAAACGUUUGCAUACCGACAAGGAAUUGCUGCGUCCCGUAAUCUAUUUCGAUUUGGCUGAGCGACAAAAACGCUUCCUUGGCCGUAUCUGCAUACAGCUGUACACCGAAGUGAGUCCGGAAGUUGUGCUGGAAUUUGUGCGUUUGGCCACCGACAACGAUGUCCAGGCGCACAAAUUCACGCACAUCUUCCCGGAUCUUUGGAUGCGCGGUGAGCUGCAGCCACAAGCGCGCGAUGCACUCGAAAAUCAUCACAGCAGAUGCUCCACUUUGGAUGCACGAAAGCUAAAGGGCCUAUUAUCGUAUUCAUGGAGGCAUGUGAAGCGUUUCCCUAAAGGUGCCCUCGUCUAUACGAUCACCUUCAAGAAGCUUUCGGUGACGCCCCUGCGUCGUGUUAUCUUCGGGCGUGUGCUAAGUGGCAUGCGAAUGCUCGAGGUGUGUCGCGAGUUUGGCACCAAGGGCGGCAAGCCCAGAAAGCCCAUUGUUGUUGUCAAAUGUGGUCUGCUUUAGCUGUGGUCGGUCCCUCGAAGGCAUGCGAUAGAAAUGCAUCUCUCGCGGGGAAACUGAACAAAUCUGUAGCAUACUUUUUGGGGCCAUUUCGCGCACUCGAAAUUCCCAACAAAAAUGCAAGUGUGUUUGUAUAUAUGUAUGUUUAUAUAUAAAAAAAACAAAUUAUGAAGUAUGCCUGCACUGUGUUAUUGACUGGGCGUGGCUGCCGCCCACCCACCACACACACACAUACACAGACGUGUGAGGAGAAUAUGUGUCAGAUAAGCGAGCAGCAUUUCGCUGUCACUGCAGCAAAGCAAGAAAAAAAUGAAACUGUUACACGAUUUGCACUUUCCCACACGGCAACAGAGAAGUGCGAGAAAGAGAGAGAGAGAGAAGUGAGCGUACUUCACAUAAACGCCUACAGGCUACCGUCCACAGUCAUAGUCCAAACAAUAUAAUCUAUUUUUGUGCCGCCUCUUGACGUUUUUUUGUGUGCCAUGCAGAUAAUGCAACACAGCACAGCUCAGAGCAGCGCAAUACCGCAGCACAGAGCAUAAAAUAGCGGCCACCAAAAAAAAAAAGAAAGAGAAGAGAAUACUCGUAGUACGCAGAAAAGUUGUUUAAAUUUGCUCGGGGUUUUUGUGGUAAGCUGCGAACGCGGCAAAUGGAAGCCAAGUGCAAAUAUGCUAACAGUUGAAUUAAGUGAGAAAGUGCGAGAGCUUAAAGGUUUGCAUGUAAAAAACUAUACACAACUAUUGAUAUGGAUUAUACUUAUGGUUUUAUACGUGUCGAUGUGUUUAUAUAUUGCUCAAAUAUUGAAGCUCUUACUUUUUCAACAAUUUCAUUAAAAAAAGUUGAAGGCCAACAAAUUGCAGAGCCAUUAAAUAUAUUUAUUAAAAUUAAUGCAAAAAU